AUGUCUCGCAGCUUGAAGCGCAAGUUCGCCGCCCCGGUCAAGGUCAAGAAGACCAAGACCGUCAACCGUCGGCGCCGGGUUUCCGACACCCCUUCUACCUCCUCAUUGGACCUCUCUGACGACGGUGGCUACUCUGCCGUCGAGGACAUUAGCGACUCCGAGGACGACGACGAGGAUGAUGUCGCUGCGGCCGAGGAGGAAAACAUUCUGGAGGAAGCUAGCGUUCCAACCCCACAGCCAGCUCCUCGGCCGCGAACCCUCAUUGAAGAAGAGGACGACGAUGAUGAUGACGAUGACGAAGAUGACGAUGACGAGCAGGGAGGCGCGGAUGUCGAUGAUGACGAGGGCAGCUGGGGCGGUAUCCCCUCAGAGAAUGAGCAAGAUUUGCCAGAGUUCUACCAAGAAGCCGAUUUCUUCGGCGCAGACACCCCUGUAGAGCGACAUGUUCACUUUGACAUGUCUCCCAGCGAGUCUGAUUCUACUGACACUGAGGAUGACCAUGCCGACAUGUUUCCCGAUAUUUUUGUUGACCAAAACACUCUCGACCCUGGAUUCCGUCGAGAGAUAGAACACGACCCUGAUGAGUCGUCGGGCUCAGGGUCGUUCUGGGAUUAUACUUACCAAUAUGGUGACCAGGAGGACUCGGACGCUGAAGAGAUCGUCCGUCACUUGGAUGGGGAUGAGACCCCUACUGCUACACCAAGGGGACCUCAUGCCCUUUCUGCUCCCACGUCUCCUACGCCCACCUUUGAAGAGCCCCAGGAGCUGGACGGCUAUGAGACUGAUGGUGACACUACCGAAGAGGAUGAGCCAGAGCCUCCUGUUCGCAGAAAGACACGGCGUCCUUCCAACCCCCAGAGUGACAUGUCGGACUCGGAUACCGACAGCCCAGUAAAGGCCGAGCGUGGCCAGCCCCGUGUGGGCCGCUACAACCUUGAUCGUUCCGACAAGAAGCCCAUUGCGGUUUUGAACCCCUUGACCAAGAAGAUGAUGAUCUUUACCCCCCACCGCCGGCGACACCUUGACCUCUCGCCAGAGCAGUUCAACUUGGGGUGGCCAUUUGAGGAUCAAACAUCCCCGAUCAUGAGCAAUUCGGCCAACCUGAUGCUCAGUGCCAUGUUCUCUGGCGAAGCAUUUGGCGACUUUGUUAAUGACAGCCAAGUCAUGGGACCUGCCGAGGCCUUUUUUCCCUUUCCUUCGGAUGCCAAUACGGCUGAUGAGAGCUCGACUGCGCCUAGCCUGCCUGACGAGGAUGGCGAGGCGAACCUCCAGCUAGAGUUUGAGGACUUUAUCGAUCUGGGAAGCGAUGACUCCAACGAUGAGGACGGAGACAACAACUGGGGCCCAGCCUCAACUCCUGCCCGACCCAGCACUGCUGGAAGCGAGAAGGAGGUUCUCUCGCAUCUCAACUCUGAAACCGUCGGAGCUUUCCGACGCAAUCAGAUCAACCAGCAGCUCAUCCUGAGCAACCAAGCCACCCAGGACUCGCUUGCAUUCAGCGGUCCUUACAACGCCACGGCGAUUAAGGGUCUCAAAUCGGACCGCUUCGACACAGCCCGCGUACCCCUAACACCCAUCCGCCGUCAUAAGAAGCAGCUGAGUGAUCUCGCUCGAAGCCCCCUCGAGACCGUGUCUGCGAAACGCAAGGCAUCGGGCGAGGUUGGCGGUGGCCACAAGAGACACCGAAGCAUCUCUGACGUGAACCUUCUCCGCAUAUGA